AUUAUAUAUAUUUUUUAAAUUCCAUGCAAUUUUGAUUAGUAUAAAUCUAUUUUUUAAGGGGAGUAUAAAUCUAAUUAAACAUCUUUGAUUAAUUGUUAAAACUUUUUUUUGAAACACAUAUCAAAGAGAUAACAAAUUAUGGCUCAUAGGGCAUCGGGUUAUUUGAUGAGAUCAAUGAUGAAACAACAAAAGACCAGAUCAUUCUCUACAACCACGGCUCCCACACCCAAACCCAAGUGGAUGAAAGCAGAUUUGGCACCCAUAUACAUAGUGAUGGGAUUUGUGAUGUUAGCAGGGGGCAUAGCCUCUCACACAGGAUACCAACAAUUAGUACACAACCCUAAUGUUUACUUGAACAAGAAGAAAAGAGAAAUGAUCAAUGAAGUUGAAAAUCCAAUGCAAGCUGUUAAUCAUGGUGGUAGACUUGUGGACAAUUCUUUCUUGAGGAAGGUUGCUCAUAUCCAAGGGAAAGGCCAAGAAACUAUUCCGAACCCUAUUAACGGCAAUAUCUACACCAGGUCAAGGCAUGCAGAAACGUUGGAAUCGGUCAAGUUCUGAGCUUAUUGGAUGCUACAAGUUCUUGAUCAUAUAUUGAAUUAUUGAUCAACCAUAAAUAUAUUAGAAACAUCAUUCUACUUGUAAAUAUCAUCAAAGGAAAGAAAAGAAACCAUACAAGUAUACAGUACAUGGUUUCUUUCUUUUCUUUCGUAAUUUUUGUUCGUUGCUUAACAAUAUACGUAGUACUUAAAAAUAUACGUAGUACGACGUAUAGGCAAAUGAUUCUUCCAAGGAUAAUUUACAUAUUUACAAGGAAAUCGCCUUUAGAAGAAGUAAAAUUAUUCUUUGGAAGGUCACCUCCCUAAUGUACAAUGUUUGUUAGUUUCAUCAUAAUAAAUCCAUAAAUUGUGUUACGUUUAAA